AUGGAAGAAAAAUAUAAUUUGUAUCCUCAUGAGAUAUGUAAAAAAUGCAGUAUAUACAAUAAUUUUAGUAAACAUUGUGAUUGCGGCCAUCAAAUUUUGUCUUUGAAAGAGUUAUACAAUAGGCUCAACUGUACUGAAGAACAUUUACCAUGUGAUAAUAAAAAGAGAAUACCAUGUAAUUUAGGAACUUGCAAAACACGCCGAAAAUUACAUUUCUAUAAAAGAGCUACAUUAAAUGAAGUAGCUGAGACACGUUACAAAGAUGAAGCUAAUAUAAAUAAUGAUGUAAUUAAUAAAGAAUUACAAGAGCCAGAGAAACAAAGUAAAUCUGAUCAAGUAAAUUUAACUUCACAAUUUUAUAAAUUAUAUACUCAGGAUAAAAUAAUUGAUACAUACGAAGAGAAAAACGAGCAAACUAUUCCUACAAAAGAUAAUUUUCAUGUUGCAUUGAGUACAAAUAAUUUAGGCACAAAUUGUAUGCAAAAUGAAGCAAUAAAACAGAGAAAAUCACAAAUAGGAAUAGAUAAGGAUGUUACAAAUGAAUUAGAAAAAGUAGAUCAUAUCAUAGGAAACAUUUGUGAUCUCUUAAAUGAAAAAAAACGCACUAAAGAACUUGAAAACAAAUUGAAAUCUCUGACUUGCAGUUUAAAUUGUCUGAAAGAAGACAGUGCACAGAGAGCAGCUUGUUUAAAAGAAGCAUUGGAAACAGCUGAAGAACAAAGAAAAGUUGCGAUGGAUUUAGUGAAACAGUCAAAAAAUCAAACAGAUUCAGUUAAAACAGAUAGAAAUGAGUUAUUGAAUGAGAUUACAAAAUUACAACAACAGAUAAUCGAAAUUACACAUAAAAAUACAGAUCUGAUGCAAGAACGUGAUGAAUUGAAAGGUAGAUUACAAUCUUUAUCUGAGGAUGAAUCUAAAAAGUGUGAAGAGGUUGAGAAAGAAGUGAAUAGGAUGAAAUAUGCUGUUAAAGAAAAGGAAAAUGCUUUGAAUAGAGAGAGAGCAGAAUUUAUGGAUAUGAUUUUAGAACUUACAAAUGUAAUUAAUAUUCAAAAAAGGAGAAUAUGUGAGGUAACUGGUAUAUGUAAUAAUCAACAACAUAGUAUGGAACAAAAAAAUAAACAAUUAUCUGACAAAAAGAUUGAGUUAUCAAAGAUAAAAAAUAUGUUGCAAUUAAUUACCAAAGAGAUGAAAGAGAAAGUAGAGGAUCUAGAAAAUUGUUUAUGUGAAGAAAAAAAGACUUGUAAUUGCCUGAAACAGAAAUUAGAAACUCAUGAAGAAAAUCAUUUAUCUGAAUUGAGAAUAAAAGAAAAGAUUAUAGAGGAGCAAAAUAAAACAAUUUUGAAGCAGAAGAAGUUAUUACAUGAGAGUGAGGGCAUGGUCCAGCAAGUUGCAUCCGAAUUUAAUCAACUUAAAGAUGAAUUACACAAAGAAAAACAGAGAAAUGAAUUUUUGCAAAUAACAUUGGAUAAAACUGAUAAUAAAUUAAAUAAAGUAUCACAAUGCGAAAAAUGUAAAACACUUCUAGCUAAAAUAGAUUACUUGAAAGGAGAGAAACAAAAGGCAAUUAUCAUUGCAAAAUUUGCUUAUCAGGCGUUACAUCAAUCUACAAGAGAAUAUAAAAAAAAACUCAUCUGUGAAAGACAACAGCAUAGAUACAUGGCAUUGAUUAUUGAGAAGAAAGAUCAUGAGAUAAGAUGUUUAAGAAAUCAAAUGUGUCAGAAUGGCAUGAGAAAUAUUUAUAAAAAUGAAUAG